GAAGUAUAUUCUUUCAAUUGUGUUAUGUGCCGCAGAUAUUUCUCUUAAAAACACAGUUUGACAACGAGUAUCCAUCAGAUAUAUUUCCUGAGCCAUAAAAUGUUUUCGAUAAGACAGAUAACAGUUCUGCUUAUUAUUUUUUGUGUAACGAAGCCAUCACAUCUUCAACGUAAAGGUACACCCCCAGUCCCAGUUUUUCCUGAAUAUGAAUCUUUUUGUCAGAGCUUUCGAAGGCUUGUAUACCCUAAGGCAGCAGAAUCAAUAGAUGGGAGGUGGAAGCUUAUCGUUAACCACCCGAACUUCACUCAAGCUAUGGAAAUAGAAGAAUGCAUAAAUCUCGAAGCAGAAUGCAUGUUUCCUGAUAGUUUUCCAGCUGGAUCUAAGACAAUGUGCAGACAAUGUUAUCACUACCGAGAGUUAUUGUCAUAUUCGCCAGAGAAAAAAAUUGUUACAGAUCGCUUCAAAUUUCCAUCAUGCUGUAAAUGUACUUUUACGCUACCCAAAUAAACAAAUAAUUUUAUUAAAUUUAAUUUGAAACAUA